CUAGAGCAAACGCCACAGCAGUAUUUUCACAUCCGGGUCUCACCCUACAAUGUCAAUUCUCAGUAAGAUUCCAUCCUGCCAAAUCGCUCUCUGCUCGUUCUCCAUCCUCCUUUUCUUUGUUCCUCCGGGCGUUCGGUGAUCACUCAUGAUUAUUACAGCCUCCCUACGCAGUACUCGAAUCCUCAAACUCCUUCCCCUUGUAUCCGCCCUCUGCAUCCUCGUCGGCGUGACUUGGCUUCUCCUCCUCCCCCUUGACGACUACUCCCGUCGUACUUACAUCUCUGAAAACGCCUUGCUCCCAGGGCAAGUCCACACCUACUUUGGCGGAAGUGAGCAGGACGUAUUCAGAUCCUACCGGCAUGAAGUAACCGCGCUGGGCAAGAACGCUUCGGCCGAUGGGUCAGGUGUUAUGGCGGCGAAGAUCGGGGGUAUCUUCGAUGCAUUCGGACUGAAGGUUGGGAAACAAAAGUUUGAAUACAUCGCCGCUGGAGGCGUCUAUGCGGGGGAGAAUGUAUACGCGGUACUACAGGCUCCCCGAGGGGAUGCUACGGAGGCUCUUGUGCUGUGCGCCGCUUGGGUAAAUACUGAGGGGGAACUUAAUGAAAGUGGCGUCGCCCUUGUGUUGGCUUUGGCCAGGUAUCUAAAAAGUGGGUGUUUAUUCCAUGCUAUUUCCGAUGUGGCUAAUGCAUUGUAGGAUGGUCCCUUUGGUCGAAGGAUAUCAUCUUCCUGAUUACCUCCGAUUCCCGAGCUGGGCCUCAGGCGUGGGUUGAUUCCUACCACGACUUGCAUGCCCCUCCUGCUGUGGCGUCACUCCCCCUCAAAUCCGGCGCUAUUCAAGGUGUUGUGGUGGUGGAUUACCCGACGUCGCGUGGGUUCGAGUCUCUGCACAUUGUGUACGAUGGGAUAAACGGCCAACUGCCCAACCUAGAUCUUAUCAACACCGCCGUACGAAUUGCCUCGGGACAAAUGGCCAUCCGUACCAUGUUACAAGAGAUGUGGAGUCACGACAACCAGUACAGAGAUCGUUUGCGAACCAUGUUGCGUGGGAUGGUAAAUCAAGGGCUAGGCCAUGCAUCUGGUCCCCACAGCUCAUUUAUUCCGUAUCACAUCGAUGCGAUCACCCUGCAGGCGUACGGCGAUGGGUGGCACGAUGAGGUCACUCUCGGACGAACAGUAGAGAGCCUGUUUAGGAGUUUAAACAAUCUUCUGGAGCACUUCCAUCAGAGUUUCUUUUUCUACCUCCUGAUGGCCGAGAGAAGGUUUGUUAGCAUUGGCACGUAUUUGCCGAGUGCUAUGCUGAUUGCGGUCAAUUUCACCAUCGCCGCUAUCGGGCUAUGGUUAAAGAGCGGGAGGUUGGAUGCCGGGGAGGAAGAGAAUAAGGGCGGUGAUGGGAAAGUCUCGGAAGGCAAGGAGAAACUGUUGGGGCCCGCUGGGGAGGCACCUUCUGCCGCCGCGGAUGCGGUUAGUGAAGAGCGGCCAUUGCUUCUGGCUAUGGCAUUCGUCGUUGCAAUUCACUUCUUGGGAUUUAUACCCUUAUAUCUAUUUAACAAUCUCGACGAGAAGGUUUUAUCCCUCCUACCCAGAACUGGAUCCGAGCUAACCCUACCCAGAACUUCACCAGCGCAUUCUAUAUCUUCGCUCUGCUCAACGUAGUUCUUCCCUCGGUUUUAUGUGCGAUCUUUACAAAAUCAUCUACGCCCACACGUCUGCAUUUCGCGUUGAUUAAAUGCUUUUCGCUCCUUUUACUAGGAAUGUUUCUUUCGGCUUUGGCAACACUUAACUUUUCGCUAUCCUUCCUCAUUGGCGUCUUUGCUUCCCCGAUAACGUUCAUAAACCCUACCCCGGAGCGUAAAUGGACGGUCGGAGCAGCCUGGAUGACAUUAUUGCAGGGACUAACGCCGACAACAGCAUUAGUCGGCGUGGCAUACUACUGGGGGGAGCCGUUGAGUGAAAUCCUCAAGGAGGCCGCGUUCGGAUGGAGGGUGUGGGGAAUGUGGACACAGGUCGUAGUCUGGUGUGUGUGGUGGCCUGCAUGGAUUAUUGCGGGGGUACUGGUUGCGGGGAGUUGGGCUGUAGAGGCAUAGAUGCGUGUUGUCAAUCGCGCUGAGUAAUAACUUGAUAGAAUGGAAUUUUUCUUCAAUUCGAGGCGAGUUAAGUUAUCGGUGACGUAUUAUGAUGCGAGAGAUGUCAGAUCUACGAGUACAGCAGCACAACAGCAACAAUAGUUCAGCCGCAAUGAUAGAUAAUACCGGUCACGUGCUGUGUUAAAAGCGCUACUUUUUCUUUCAAGUUUGUGAGUACGAGCACAGUACGAGUACGGUAAUUUAACUUGGAUGGGCAAGGGAUCACCCGCAAAAACCCGACCACAAGUGCCCUGU